AUGACUCGAUCAGCAGCAUGGAGCUCGUGCAACCGAGCGCUUGACGAGCGAAUCCACAAAGCUCAGUGGCAAGCGCAUCGGGAUCGUUUAGAUUUUAUCCAGUCAUCCAGCGCAGUGUCCGCUCAGGCAUUUUCCUCUGCUCUUGCGGCUUCUGCACACCCUCAUCGCAUCCAUAACAGUGGGAAUUCUUCCAAAUCAGCAAACCACGACAAAGCUCGAUCGAAAUCACCAGUGACGAAGGCACGCCAGAAGCAGCUCGACUGUGACAACCUCGCCUUAAUCCGUAAAAUCAUCGCCCUGGACAAUGCGACUCCACGCUGCAAUACCACAAGGAAGCGAACUAAUCAAGCAAAAGAACGAGGCUCAAAUGCCACAGUGUACGCCGACAAAAACACGAUCGUGAUACCGAAGCGAACUCACUCCGAUCACGAAUGCCUACAUACGUUGCCAGACGUCCCGCAGACGCCAGCCAGUCACGUCCUGUACACUCGAGCUUCCGCCACUAUGAAAAACAACUUUGUCGAAUACAAUGCACCGACAAUGAUGCACUCAUCGAACUCAACUUCAGCCGCCGGUCGGGUCCGGUCACGAGCGCAAUCGAAGAUUUUACAUGACAACAAGAAAAUUACUUGGCGUAUUCUCAACGCUCGGACGACAAUCGAUCGCACCGCGUUGACGCGUCAUGAGGAGAAGCAUUUCAAACUACGCACAAUCAUGUCACGGCAUCGCCACCUUGCUCAGCAACAAAAAUCUCGUCCUCGCUCAGCCCCGCAAACCUCAUGCAAAUUGCGAGUUGCAACAUCUUCACAAACAAGAAUGAAUGUCAGCAAUGCGUCGUUGGUUUCAAGAAUCCGCAAAAUGACAAUCAAUAAUCGAGAUGGCAACUUGUAA